AUGACCUUGUGCUCCAGCGCACGGAUACCGGCGCUAGUGUGGGCGCUCCUCGGGACGCGUCGCAUUGGGGAGGACUUAGUUAGAAGACUUAGGUCUAAGUCCUCUAUAGUUAUAGAAGGAAUAAGUUAUAUAAUAAUAAGGAUUAGGUCUACUCCUUAUAAAUCUAGGGAUUUAGGAGAAAUAAGUAGGAGUAUUAAAGAUAAUAAGGAUAAUAGGUUAAAAGGAAGUAAGUUAAUAUUCUCUUUAAAGGUAUAUCCUCUAUAUAUAUAUAAAAUGCUAAGGCUAAAAGCUAGUAAUAUUCCUAGUCUUUUAUAA